GACUCAUGAACAGUACAAAAAAAGCAAAAACUCCAACAAGCUGCACCAAACAUGCCCUUGAGAUACUCAACUGCUAAAAGCUUAGUGCAUCUCACAAAAACGAGUAUAACUAAUUGUGAUUUGGUAGGAGAAAUAGUUGCGUGCUUGGAGGAUGAUGUGAAGGAUGGAAUUGUCCUUAGCAAACUCAAGUAUUUGCAACUUUGUGGUCUGCCCAGACUUUCAAGCUUUUGCUCUGUUAAAUGCAAGUUUGAGUUCCCAUUUUUGGAAGAGGUGAUUUUGAUGGAUUGCCCAAGUAUGCAGAUUUUCUCUAUGGAUGAAAUAAGAACACCAAAGCUGCAGAAAGUAAAAUUGACUGGAGAAGAAGAUGAAGCGCUUUGGGAUGGCAACCUAAACUCGACCAUACAACUACAGUUCAUGCAAAAGAGAGAACUUAUAUCCUUCAAGACAACAAAUGUGGCUAUCUUAUAUAUGCUUGUAUGGGGGGAAGGGGGGGUGGGGCGCGGAGGGAAGAAGCGUGCUGUGCUGCUGCUCUGCUGGGUGGUGGCAUGGGGGCCAGCGGCAGGCUCUGCGCGGGCUGGCCGCACAAGCACCAACGCUGCACCUAGGCAUCGCAGCAGCAGCAACAACUCGGGCGACAAGUUGUGCUGCGGUGCAAGAAGAGGAGAAGCACGUGGCUCUUGAGGUACAUUUCUUGUAUGUAACUAUGUAUAUUGAGAGGUUGCUUUCUUAAUUCCUUAUUUGAUCUGAAUGGUGCAUUUAUAAGUUGGAUAUGAACUUAGCAAAUGUUGCCACAUUGCUUGGAACGCAAAACUAAACAGUUUGUUGUUUAUGGUAUUUUAAAGAGAAUGAAUAUCCUCCAUUCAG